AUGGGAUAGUCAACGAGUUCAUGAAGUUUGGGGGGAAGGGGAUGAUCCAGCUGAUGGGGGGGGUUGUGAACUUGUUUAAGAAAGGAGACAAGACUGACCCAGGAAACUACAGGGGGAUCACACUGUUGAACACAGUAGGAAAAGUGUUCUGUAAGCUGCUGAACGAUAGGAUAGUGGGAGUAUUGGAGAAGGAACAUAGCAUUAGUGAGGGCCAGGCAGGUUUCCGCAAGAAGAGGGGGUGCGUAGACCACGUGUUCACGGUAGGGAGAAUCAUCCAAGGUAGAAAGAGGGCGGGAAAGCCGACGUACUGCUUCUUCCUGGACGUGAAAAAGGCAUACGACACCGUGUGGAGAAAUGGGUUGUGGAAACAACUGUCCAAAUACGGGAUCAAGGGGAAAAUGUGGAGAGUGCUGAAGAAGAUGACAGAGUGUACGAAAAGCGCGGUCAUGCUAGACGGAGAACUGUCUAAAUUCUUCGACAUUGAGCAGGGGGUCCCACAAGGUUGCACGCUGUCCCCAACAUUGUUCCAGGUGUUCAUCAACGAUCUGUUGGAAGUCGUAGAGGCAGUCCGGAAGGGAGUAAAAGUAGGGGACACGGAAACGUCGGUUUCAGGAAUGCUGUUUGCGGAUGAUUUUGUCGGUAUGUCGGACACCCCUGAGGGACUGCAACUGCAAAUUGACGCGGCGAAGAAGUUUACUGAUAAGUGGAGAUUGUCUGCCAACGUUCAGAAGAGUGCCGUCAUGGUAUGCAACGAGAACAAGGAGGAACCAGUAGAACAUAGAUGGAAGUGGGGGAUCGAGGAGAUUGCAGUAGUGGACCAGUACACAUACCUUGGAGUAGAGAUCGCAAAAGACUGCUCGUGGAAUGCACACAUGUCCAAGGUAGCGGAAAAGGGCAAAGCACGAGCAGGGAAGCUGCACCCAAUACUCGCAAACCGGCACCUCGAUACACGCAUCAAAUUGACGGUUUUGAAGAGCGUAAUCGUACCGCCGCUAGAGUACGCCGGAGUAGUAUGGCAAGGAAAUAAGAAGGUAGAGAAAGAACUCGAGGCGGCCCAGAUGAAAGCAGCGAAAAUCAUCCUUGGAUGCUCCAAGCGCACAAGUAAUGCAGCCGUCAGGGCAGAAUUGGGGAUCCAACCCCUACGGUUGGGAAGAGCCGCAAGGAAGCUGACAUGGCAGUAUCGCAUGUGCGGGAUGGGAGAAAAGAGGUUGCCGAGAAUAGUAUGAGAGGCGAAGUGGGCAAGCAAAAAGAGGGGUAGACAACCCACGGAAUGGAUCAAGGUUGUAGAGGACCUGUGGAAGGGGUUCGAAAUCGACGAAGAUGAACGCUGGAAACGGAGGGUCUACAGGGGUUCAAGGAGAAGAUAUCUGUUGCUUGUGCCGAGAAGAAGAAUAAAAUCUGAGGAAAGAAACCAAGGAUAAGGAGGGUCUAGAAGUGUACGGAAUGUUGAUGAAGGAAGGAAAAGGGUACAAGGAUCACCCACAUGGAUUAAUGGAUGCAAGGACAAAGCUUAAGGUCAAAUUCAGGACCGGGGACAUAAGCCUUCGAGGACGUCGACGAAGACAUAGGACGGUAGACGACGAAGACGAUAGGUUCAGAUGUGAUUGCGGAUCCGAGUGCGAAGACGGGGUUCACGUAGUCGCGGAAUGCCAGUUGUACGAAUAGGAGAGGGAAGCGUACAUCACUGAGCUGGAAAAAUGAAGGGGUGUACAGGGAGAUGUUUGAGGCAUGUAAGAGAGAGGGGAAGACCGUAGCUGUACUGGGGCGUAGGAAGUGGUUUGACAAGGCGGCAAGUGAUAUCGGUAGAAGGGAUAUCGUUAGGAUAGACACACUAGGGAAGAUAUUUUUGAGCCACCUUUGGCAAAGUAGGAAGGAACGAUUUGUCAUCGGUGAUCGGUCCUGUGGGAACAAUGAUCCGUCCUGUCGAGGACGCGUGGUCAAUGGUCUAACCGCUAAGGCAUGCAAACAUAAGAGUACGCCC